UGCUGUUGCUGCUCAUUUGUUAAAUGGAAAGAACGUCUGGUUCCUGGCAGACUGCGGAAGAUCAUUUUCAGAAUGUUUUACUGGAGAAACAUUCAGUCACAUCCAGGGCUCCAGUGUCCCAUGUUCAGCUUGCAUGCAGCCCUUGUUUCUGUGCGUUUCCUCUACAUGGAAAUGAGCUUUGCAUAAUGAAGACUAAUGACCCCUCUUUACAGUCUGUGCAGCUAAAAGGUCAUCAUCACACUGUUACGGCUGUCACUUUUGGAAACAGACAGGAGCCUGUGUUAGUGUGCUCAGCAUCAGAAGACUAUAUUAUAGUUUGGGAAGCAGAAAGGUGUCAUAAGCAAGCAAUGCAAGGUAUGAUACCCAGGGGCAUUGUGAUUGGAACUCUUCUUGGAAACGUACAGUAUUUAAGUAUGAGCCCUGAUGAUGGAACUGUGGCAGCUUGUACUGAUGCUAAAAUAUAUAUGCUGAAUUCUAAGUAUGAGGAAGUUUUCACCAUAUUAGAAGGUCAUCUGGGUUCUGUGACUGCUGCCGAGUUCUGUUCCUGGCAGCCAGAUAUUCUUGUGUCUGUUUCUGAAGACAGAACAUUUAAGGUGUGGAACCAAAUCAAUGGAGAGGUACUUUAUCAGUCAGCUGUUUUAUCAGCAUCACCUUUGCUCAGUCUGUGCCUUUCUGAAGAACAUAAGCAGCUUAUUACUGGAUCUGGAGAUGGACAGGUAUGGGUCUUCAGCCUGCUAGAUGGCCAACAGUAUCGCUUAGUGAUUCAGGUAGAUUUACAGAAAACAGAACAAAGAUACCUGAGAAACAUGGAAUUGAAACAGAAGCAGCUCAGCAAAUCAGCGUCGCCCAAUAAAAACACCUUGGAAGGGGAAGAAAGAAUGGAAACUACCAUGCCAGUUCUCCGAAUCACACCAUGCAAGCAUUUCCCUCUAUUAAAUGAAAAAGCUAAAAGCUUUUCUAGCAUGAAUUCUUUCAACUUCUGGAUAGGAAGUUCAGACAGUUUGCACAUUAUUAAUUUAGCUACCUCUGAGAUAGAAGCAGCUUUACAGUUCAAAGAUUACGCUGGUUUAAGCAUCGCAGUUGCUGGAUCCUGUGCAAUACAGCAUGGCACAACUAACAAUGUUUUCUGCCUGCUUACUUCAAUGUUCGAAAACCACAUUGCCCUGCUAGAGGUUAAUCUGACAGCACUGGCAAGAGCCUGUCACCAUUUUAAUGGGCAGGCAUGUUGCUUGACAGAGACACUAUGUGUGGUUGCCAGAAUCCCUUUACUCCCUACUUCUCCUCUAAACUUUGAGCUAGUGAAGAGGGAAGACUCCAAACCUGCCUGUCAGAAAAAAUCAGAUGUGAAGAGUUCUGUUAAAGAUCAGCCUCUUGUUUUCCACACAAAGGUGAAAUCAUCUGGCUACACAGCAACACCAAGGAUGACCAUGUUUUCACUAAAGACUAACAUACAGAAGCCAAGGGUCCAACCUACAAAAGGGAGGAAUAACAGAGGAUGUGUAAUCAUAAAAGAUUACCCAGUGGAUAGUCCAGCCCCAAGUGUGGUCCAGACACAAGUGAGCACAGCAGUCAGACCAACGCCUGUCUGCAGUCUUCAAUAUUCAGGGGAUGGAAAACAACUUGCGUGUGGUCUUGGAGACAAAUCCAUAUUGCUAUAUAAUUCGUCCCUCACUGGAUCUCCAGCUGUCUAUACAGGUCAUGAUGGAGCAGUGACCUCCAUUGGGUGGAGUCAUAACAGAAAUUGGCUACUUUCUGCAUCUGAAGACAAGACGUUAAAAAUCUGGCCAGCCCAGGGCACGGAGCCGGCUCUUGAAUUGGGCGACGACACAUUUUCAAAACCCAUACGAUCUGCACAGUUUUAUUAUAUGGACAAAUUUAUAUUGAUGUCUUCUGGACCUUCAUUACAGCUGUUUGCAUACCAUUUGGACACCAGUAGAGAUGACAUCAAAAGAUAUAAACAAAGAAGUGUAUGCAAACUUGUGGGGAAGUUUCAGAUGACUCCCUCAACUGAAGUAACCUGCCUUUCUGCUGUCAAUGAGUUUUAUUCACAUAUUGUAUUGGCUUCUGGGAGUAAUCGUAUGGUGGAAGUCUUUGAUUUCAAUGUUGGUUGCAGUGUAGCAGCGAUCCCAGAUGCUCAUUGCAGAGCUGUUCACCAGAUCGUCCAAAACAAGGGCUCAGUGUUUAGCACUCAGGGAUCUGAUGCCUAUAACCUCUUCCUUACUACAGCCGUAACAGAUGGUAUCAAGUUAUGGGACUUGAGGACUGUGAGGUGUGUGCGCCGAUAUGAAGGUCAUCUCAAUCGCUGUCAUCCUUGUGGCAUUGCAAUUACACCCUGUGGACAAUUUAUAGCAACUGGAUCUGAAAACAAAUGCUUACGUAUUUGGCUAUCGUAUAUCCGUAGCAGCAGCUUUAUCCACAAGCUCUCCAGACAUACAGAUACUGUGAUCAAUGUGGCAUUUAAUCCGCUUUCACCGAAGCUUGUCACAGCCACCCUGGAUGGUAAGCUUCAGCUGUUCAAGCCAUGAGAGGAAACCCACACAGAGAUGAAGAUGGAGAUGGAGAUAGUGGAGGUCCUUAGAAUAUGGAAGCCUUAAUGAGAAAGAGACAGAGAUAAGACACCAGAUGUGACAUUGUGUGCCACUGUAUUGCAAAGAAUGAAUGAAUGUAAUGAUAUAUUUCCUAUUUAAUUCAUGCUAUGAAAUCAAAGGUCAGCCUUAAAAUAAAAUAGUUUUUAUAGACUGCUGGGGAACUUUCAACUUAUCAGAGCACAUGUUUAAAGACUGCAUGCUGCAGGUCAUCACAAACAAACCCUAGUCAUGAUAUCACCUCCUUGAAAAACCUUCCUCUCAUUGGUACUCCCUUCAAGUGCAAUUCAAACUAGUGACCACACAACCGGUCAAGUACCUCAGCCACCUAACUUAAAUUUUAUAGGAAUAUAUAUAUAUAUAUAUAUAUGUACUAUACUUUUACUGAUGAAAUGCUUCCUGUCUGUACAGUGUCAAC